CCUCCGCCCGCCAUGCCGCCGCCGCCGGCGACGCUGCCGGACGAGCUCCACGAGGAGAUCCUCCUCCGCCUCCCGCCGGACGACCCCGGGUGCCUCUUCCGCGCCUCCCUCGCGUGCAAGCCCUGGCGCAGCCGCCUCGCCAGCCCCGCCUUCUCCCGCCUCUACCGCGAGUUCCACGGCACGCCUCCCUUGCUGGGGUUCUUCGAGAACGACGAGACGGUAAUGUGCUUGUUUUCUCCCUUGUCCCCCACCUCCCCGUUCUUCCCGAUCCACCCCGGCAAGUGCAGCCUCUUCGUUCUCGACGCUCGCCAUGGCCUCGUCCUCUCAAACACUCUCGGCCCGGACGGCGAACCCCUCUGCCUCAUCGUGUGGGACCCCGUCGGCCACCGCCAGUGGCGGCUGUCCUUGCCGGAAUUCGUGGACUAUCCAACCGUCCCGGACUGUUCGGCGGCGGUGCUCUGCGCCGCCGAUGGCUGCGACCACCUCGACUGCCCUGGCGACCCCUUCCGUGUGGUCUACGUGGGCACCGAUGACGAUGGGAUUGCACAAGCUUGCGUCUACUCUUCCGAGUCCCGUGCCUGGAGCCCCGUGACGUCUUGUGAGCACCCUGACUUGCCCCUGCACGUCUGGCUCUGUCGGCCCAAUGCGUUUGUGGGAGAUGCAGUCUAUUUCUUGUGCACUGAGGAAAAUGUUGUCCUGCGGUAUGACUUGUUCAGCCAGGAACUAUCGAUGAUUCACUGGCCAGCCAUGCACAGUUGGAACUCCGGGUAUAUCCUUAUGCCAACGGAGGACGGUGUGCUGGGAUGUGCCAAUCUGCACGAGUCCACGCUCCAACUAUGGUCGAUGGAGGCUGGCACAGACGGGGCCGUGAAAUGUGCAAUACGCAGAGUGGUUGACCUGCAGAACUUGCUACCCUCUCGCCCCAGAUUUUUGGUCAGCUGCGCCAAUGGGGUUGAUGUCUUUUUCGUGGGGACAGAUCUUGGCACCUUCACAGUUGAGAUUAAUUCAGGCCGAGUCAAGAAGGUAUCCAGCGGCACUGAAGUCAUUCCCUACAUGAGGUUCUACACUCCAGAUCUAGCUGGGGGCGUAACCUCAGAGAACGUUGAGAUGACCCAAGGCGAACAUCAUGAUCUGCUGUUGCCAAACACAAGUGAGGAUGUGGGCGAUGAGAAGGAGAAAUUGAUAGAGAAGGAUGAGGAGGAUGGAUGGGAAGAGGAGGCCGAGGAAGAGGAGUUAGAAUGGGAGGGGAAAAAAACAAAUGAGCUGUUUGACAAGGGGUGCAAGGCGAUCGAGGAGGAGCAAUUUGUUCAUGCCGAGUGCUGUUUCCACGAUGUCCUUGAGAGUAGGUUAGAGUUUCUCCCCCUUCUACAUGCUGCUCUUACUCCAAAGCCCGGCUGAAGUAUGCAUACCGAUGGAUUGUCGUAUCUCGUAUGCAACUUCCAAUUAGCCCUCUUAUCUAUCUGGAUUGGUAUUUACUUACAUGUGCUUAGUUGCUUUUCGAUUUGACUUGCAUAGUCUUUGUGAUGAGCUUACUUGAGUUUAGGAGGCUCUAACUGGUUAGGCGGCAAUAGUUGGGACCUACCCUUCUUUUCUUAUUGCCAUGUCAAUUGUGAUGAGCGCUGCAUCAGUGUGUUAUUUGCUUCAGGGCUUGGUGUUCACCCAUUUGAGAAAUGCACGUAUGUUUCUGAA